AGAAACAACUCGAUGGAUGUCAGUUUGUCGAGAUCGAUUGCAUCUAUAAUUGCAGGAACCAUCAGCAGCGAAGGUACAUCCCAUUCCACCAAGUUAAAGAUUGCCUCAGACGACCAAUCAGUUGUGAGCAUUGCUAUGACUACAAAUCUACCUAUGAUGAUGUCACCAACAACCACUGGCCUGUGUGUGGGUCCUUCCCUGUCCCCUGCCCUAACCAGUGUGGUUCAACUAUCCAACGUCAGAAUAUAGACAGCCAUGUUGCCGAUGAGUGCCCCCUGACCACCAUCCACUGUGACUUCCACCACGUAGGCUGUGCUGUGAAACUCUCUCGACAAGACAUGCCAGAACACCUGAGAGAGAAUCUACUCACACACAUCUCUCUAUUGGCCACCAGUCAUGACAAGCAACAAGCUGAGAUUACACAACAAAGAGGAGAAGAAAUCACCAGUUUGAAAGCUAAAGUUAAAACUGAUCUGGAGCGAAUGCAACAACUGCUCACGACAGCACCACCUCCCAUCGUGAACUCUAGACCUCUUGGUCUCCCUGUCCUUACAAUGACUGAAUUUCAACGGUACAAGAGAACUAACAACCGCUGGUUCUCCCCUCCAGUCUACAUCCACCAUCAAGGAUACAAGAUCUGUCUCAGAGUGAAUGCUAACGGCUUCGCCAGAUGCAAAGGAACACACGUCUCAGUGUGGGUCCUCUUCAUGAGAGGAGAGUUUAACGAUUCUCUGAAAUGGCCAUUUUGUGGUGUGAUUUCAUUUCAAUUACUGGACCAGGUCAAUAACGACCAUAAAACAGGCACAAACAUCUAUGACGAUAAAACAUCUAACAAGAACUGUACCAGAGUGACAGAGGGAGAGAGAUCAGAAGGGCGAGGAAAUGGAAUGUUCAUUGUUCACACUGAACUGGAGCCCAGGUAUUUACAAAACGACACCCUUCUCUUCCAAAUACACAAAGUAGAACUGAAGUAG